AUGUCCUCUUCACAGCCAGGUCGCCAACGACAGGACGUCGCCCCCUUCCUCACCCAUGUUGUUACACACCAUGGGCAACUCACUCUUGUCCCGCCUCAGAACGCCGGCAGGAUACGCAAGUCCACCAAGAGGAAGAAGCAGUCUUCGAACAAGGAGAGAGAUGAGGAGGAGCCCCGUUUCACCACUGCGGUACCCCUUUCUUCCUCUCGAAAACUGCAUCAAGCCCCAGUCGUUCGGGCAAGGAAACAUGCCAUAUCGACCUCGACGCCUCCCGCUUCUCCUUCGACGUCGCGAAGAUUUGAGCUCUUGCCAGAGUCCCAGCUUGUUCCUGACUACCCACCCCCAUCUUUCGAGGAUGCCAUUGCCGAGUCCCAUGUUCCUCCCCUGUUGUCUUCUCUCCCAGACCAGUGCGUUACUGGGCCGGAAUCGGACCAACCAUCGACGCAAGCUAGUCGGCCUAUGAUGCCAUCACCUACCUCAUCCUCCACCCUUAUGCCCAUCUCGGCCGCUGCAAGUGUCGUUCAUGGAUUUCCCGCAGCCUCCCCCAUGAUGCAUUCCAAGUCCGUAGAUCCCCCACCCCAUCCUGCGCGAUCGACCUCUGCUGCGCCCUCACCCUUGGCAGUCUCCUCGACCACAACGCGGUGCGAUGCCUCGCCGGUAACGCCAGUCUCUACCGUGUUGUCGGACAUGCCUCUCCUUCAACCUCCUCCAUUUCGCCCUGUCCCGCAGCCAGAUGUGCCUCAAUCUGGACUUCCUCCCUGCGAGCCGUCGCCAGGUGCUCCGUACCGUUUGACGUCGCCGUCCACCACCACUUUGUUUUCUCCCACCCACGCGGUCCGCGUUCCUCCCGCAGUUCCUCAUGCCGUCCACAUUCCUCUGCCGCGGACUCCCUCCCCCGAACCGGAUUCUGCGGUUGCCGAAGUUUCGCCAUCCCCACCAGCAUCCCCCUACUCCCCUUCACGCGCAUCCGACGCCACUGCUACCGAUAUUUUUGAAGAAUUCACCUGGGAGCCCCGUCAGCGCUGGUCCGCGGAUCGAAGGCUCGGUCUCUCCCUUGAAGAGCGAGUUCAACGCGAAUUUGAGCGGCGCAAAACAGAAGAGGCCCUGACAGCGUUCGUUGGAGGUUCUGCGGAGGAACCUGUCGACCCUCGUACUCGACUCUGCCAUCAUUGUGGUUCCCACCGUCCCCUCAACAGCGGAGACAUCCAGAGCAUCAACGAGGAGAGUGAAGAGGACAUUGACGACGACGACGUCUCGGAAUUGAGCCGGGAGAGUCCGUCGUCUACACGAACCAAGGGCAAGUCACCGUAUUUGCACCCGUUCUCUUCCCCCUCGAUGGCCAAGAUCAUGUCGCAUUCGAAGUCUACUCUACUGCUCAAACCACAGAGCCCCGAAUCAGCCAGUCCCACGUCCACCAUGCCUACAUCGCCACACGGCUCCACGUCGUUCUUCAAGAUGUCAAGCGCCUGGGCAAGCAACGUCACUCUCUCCCUUAGCACAGCCAUCGGACAUGGACACAACGCCGACAAGGGACCCGCGUCAAGUUCAGAGACUUUCGGACCGAACAAGACGCUCAAGCGACGGGAGAGUUUUGGCGUUAAGAGACUCUUCGGAUCUCUCAAGGGGAAGGAGCGCGAAAGGGAUCAUGUACGUUCACAUUCUGUGCCCAAUACGCCCAUCAUCCCUGCCAUUCACCCGGAGUCAAAUGCAAGAUCGUCGUCGGAUUCUUCCGUCGCCGAAGGAUGGGAAGUGGUCAGCGUCGAGGCUUCAAAUUCAACACACUCCUCUCAUUCUACCCCCAGCUCGCGAUCGACUUCAGCCUCUACCGCCCCUACCUCUCCAUCUCACUCCAUUCCAGAGUCGGUGAACGAUUCGCCCAUUGCUUCCGCGUCUUCGCACCCACUACUUCCGUCGCCCACUACCUCUCCGACAUCGGAGGGGUCCUACCCUGCCUUCUUAAACAGGCCUCUUCGUCCACGAACAGGUCCAGGCAUCCUUGAUAGCCUCGUCACUCCAACUUCAUCUCCACCAUCUACCCCAAGGACCCUGACACCUGCCAUGUUACCACCUCCGACGCCGACCUCAGCACGACCGUAUCUCCCUGAAAAGUCGCUGUUGCGAAGGCUAGCCAGUACCAAUCAGGCGCGCAUCCAGACGCAAACGCUUGCCCCGAGUGCGAACCAUGUCACUUUUCCUUCGGUUGUUCCAGCGACGCCGAUUUCCUCAGCUGUUUCUCUGGGAACCCCAAUCACACCCCGAACACCCCGACCCACACCUUCGGUCGUGUGGAAAGUCCCAUCACCCACAGGUCGUUCUCCACUUGCACAACCUCCCUCUUCACCGCUUGCCAUGACCUCCGGUGGACCUUUUACUCCGACCUCCCCCGUCGUUUCUCCUCUAGUCCACCCAUCGAUCUCCAUUCUGACAAGAAGCGAGAAGAGCGCUCUUCGUCAUCAAUCCGUUCCAACACCAUGCAGGUUGUCGGAUUAUUCUCAGGAAUACCAGGUCGCCGCCCCCGUCGCCAAGCCUCUGUCCAUUGCGCCACGAGACGGCCAGGUUCAUCUCCGCCGACGGCGCGCGGCGACACCUCCACCUUCCCAUCGAAGGGCGAUCGUUUCGUGCGAAGCGCGGCCGCUCUCCGAUCUUGCGUCGUACGAGGACGUUGACUUCGCCGCUACCUGGGUUCUUAAUGAGGUCGAAGAGGAGGUUCAAGAAACCGUUACUCCGGGGCCCGUCAUCUUGGAGCCAAGCGCCUCGACCGAACAGCUCAUUGCAGCAGAGGAAGGUCGCGCUACCCCCGACCAACUCAGCCCUGUAGCGCCAGUUUGCGCGCCAGUGACCUUCCCAGCCGUUCUUGACGCAAGUUCGAGCCAUACCAGCCAAAGCUCGCACUACCCAGGACGACCCCUCCCUUCAGUCCCAGCGGAGCCUGUCGUGUCCACACCUGUGAAGCGGGUGCCAGACGGUUAUCCCGUCGCUCGCCUGCCCGAGGCGAACUAUGGACGACCGCCCCACGCUCAGACGUUCAUGCCCGCUCCCUCUACGCCUUUACUUACUCGCGCUACGCCCCCAUCGCCGCAGACGGUUCCCCGCUCUGUUCCAGCGCUUGAAAGCCCGAUGGUGUCCGAAAUGGAGCGUACCGAGUCCGGUGGAAGUAUACUCGAAGACGCCCAACCCGCAGAGGAGGGCGCUCCCAGCAGGUUCCUUCCGGUCACGGACUUGGACGUGCUCGCUGCACGCGUGUUCGACGGCCCGGUCGACGGCCGUCAUUAUGAGGACCUGCUCCUCGUCUCGGAAGUCAUCGGGUCGGCUGCCGGCCCACGUUCCAAGCCUCGGAAGAGCGGGAAUGUGCCCUACACCGGCGUCGUCGAAGUCACGCGGCGACGGGUGCUCAAAGACGGUCGCGUGAAGGUCAAGAUGGCGCUCCUUGGGGUACCCGUGUCGUCCUGCACUAUAUGUCAGUCGCAGUUCCGACGCGAGGAGCGCGCGGCUCUGGCCCCCACGUGCAAGCAUCCCGCUAUCACUUCCCCUCCCUCACGUCCACCCCACUCCAUCCAUCCGCCGUCGUGCAACCUCCCACGCAUCACAAUCACCAUGCUCCAUCCGCUUCUCGCCACGCAUCAUCGUCUUCCUUGCACGUCGUCAUCGCGUCAGGGUCUGGUAGCGCUUCCCAUCGGUCCGGCAGGUCGUGACCGCUUAUUCUUGUUCGCCCUCCUAAUUCUCGUGGUAGAAUAUUCCGUCGGAGAGCCGGUUUCCCAUAUCACUGCGUGUGCUGUGAGAUGCGGCUUCUUGGGACCAGAUCACAAGCGGGCGGUGUUGAACGGUGAGAGGGGGAAAAACGGGUCGGUCAAUGCAUCAGAUCCUACUGACCAAGCGUCAUUGCCUAUAUUGUACCACAAAAAUCCUCCACUAGAUAAGAGCGGCUGCGAGCCGUUAGGGGCGCUCGAAUCGUCCGUGAAAUAUGCGCGCGCCAGCUAUAACCACAAGCAUCAUAGCGACAUUGAGGCCGACGCUGGAAGGAUGAAGCGCUGA